AUGGUCCCUCUUCAUCCAUCACCUCAGCCGGCAGCAUCUGCCAACCAGCUGCCUACCCUGCACUCGGCCGUCGCCGACAGACGAUCCGCCUCCUACACUUCACCAGCCAACGACGACGACUCCCCUCCACCCAAAUACGUCUCCCCGGGCAGUAAUAUCGACAUCCAGAUCCGCGAGUACCACAACAGCAUCAAGGCCACCCUGACGGCGCUGCUGAAUGAUCAACGAGUAAGAAAAAACCCAGACGGCAACAAAUGCGUCCAGUCCUUCCUUCUUGAAGCGGAGAGGAACUUACGAAAGGAGAAGAGAAAAUCGAUCGGCUCGCGUCCGCCUGAUGAGAAGCUAUAG